CCAUCCCACAAUCCCUCGCGCCCUUUCUUUCCAACUUGGGCCCGGCAGAAUGGCUCCCGCAAAGAAGGGUGGCGAGAAGAAGCAGGGCCGUUCUGCCAUCAACGAGGUGGUGACCCGAGAAUACACCAUCAACAUUCACAAGCGCAUCCAUGGAGUGGGCUUCAAGAAGCGUGCUCCUCGGGCACUCAAAGAAAUUCGGAAAAUUGCCAUGAAGGAGAUGGGGACUCCAGAUGUGCACAUAGACACCAGGCUCAAUAAAGCCGUCUGGGCCAAAGGAAUAAGGAAUGUUCCGUACUGCAUCCGAGUACGUUUGUCCAGAAAGCGUAAUGAGAAUGAGGAUUCACCAAACAAGCUCUACACACUGGUAACUUACGUGCCUGUUAUCACAUUCAAAAAUCUACAGACGGUCAAUGUGGAUGAGAACUAACUGCUGAAUGUCAAAUAAAGUUACAGAACUGCCUCCAAAAAAAAAAAAA